UGCCGGCGGGGAGCGAUGGUGAAGGCGGUGGUCGCCGACGAGGCGCGCAUCAAGGCCUUCGAGGACGGCGUCGCCUCCUCCGGCGCCCCUCGAGCCCAGGUGGGGCUGGUGGUCGGCAAGCUCAGCGCCUCAUCCGACCGCGCCCUCGUCUACUCCCUGCUCCCCACGCCGCCCACCGACGCCGGCGAGCCCGCUUGCUCCCUCCGGGCCGCCGCCCCCUCGGCUGGCAAGGCCAAGUCCAAGGGAGGCGGCAAGGGUGGCGCCGCGUCUUCUUCCGACGCGCCGCCGGCGCUCCAGUUCGAUGUCGAUUGGGUCGCUGAGCACGCUCGACAGGUGUCGAGGAUGCUUCUUGGAGGAAUGAGUGUCAUAGGUAUAUAUGUAUGGGCUUCUGAGGGAUCCUUCAAAGCGACUUCUCCUGCUGUUUUAUCACAGGUAAUUAGAGUGGUUUCUCAGGCAGUUCCUUGGUACGGCAGUGACUUUGAUGAGAGGCUGCUCAUUCAUCUCUCUUACAGCCCGAGAAGGUGGGCCUGUCGUAUAUGUGAGAUGGCAUCAGGAAGUUUAAGGCCAUGUGACUUCAAAUUUAGCAAACUGUUAACUUCACUUCAGACUUUCAGAUGCACAUACAAUUUUGAGACAAGGUUGAAUGUUGUUCAAGCCGAGUCUUUUAAGAAAGUUAUGUCAAAGGCAAUCAGUCAUCUCACAAAGGAAGUGCAGAAUGCCAAAGCUUUAGUUGAUGGAGUUCUGUUGUCAGAUGAUAUGACCAUCACUUCAGAGAGUUCACACAAAGUCGAUUUUCUUGUACCUUUCAAGACAAAUUUGCCUGCCGGAGAAUGCAGUUUAGAGGGAGUUGCUGGGUUGCUUGUCUUUGCUGGAUCUGUCAGUGCAUUGGCAUACUUGGGCCCAAAAGAAUCUAUCACAGAAGCUAUAUCUGAUCUGAAGGCGGACAUCGUUGCGAGCCUAAGAAGCAGAUUGGAUAUCAUCCUCGAUGAUGAUGAGGUAGAUGAUGACUCGACCACUAAUGAUGUGGAGAAUUCACCAUCUCAGAAGGCCACACAAGUUAUAUUUCACGAGUUGAGAGAACCUUAUAGUUUCUCAUUCCCUAGAAGGAUUCUGAUUCCUUGGUUGGAUAGCUCCUAUAUAUGCGACUACUUGCAACAAUCAGAGACAACAAAGGACGCACUAGAACGCUGCAAGGAAGUGAUAUCACUGGAAACAGACCUGGAGGACUCUUCAAUCCUAGAACCAGAAGUCGCAGCAGCUUCCGCCACACUAGAAUCAUUCUGGGAUGUGGUGCCUGGAGCUUCAUCACGUGCACGUGCUGAUCCCAGUUCAAAAGAUGGGCCCUCUGAACAGGCGAAUAGCUCAAGGAGAGCACAAGGCAGCAGUUUCAGCAUCCUAGCUGCUUUGUUUGCUCUCCUGGUUGCUCUUUUGGUUGGGUAUAUGUUUGCAUUUUCCGCCAACUCGAAAACGUGACUAAUUAAUUGUAUUACAUCACCCAAACCAAGAUGACAUAUUUUGUGUAUCUUACAUUCUUGUCCAAAAUCCAACUCUUGAAGUGAAAAGUGUGGAGUCCUUUUCUGCGAACUGUUUGUAGGUGCUGCGGCAGCUGCGCAUACAUGAACCAUCCUUUUCUAUGAGAGGGACAAAUCUUAUAUGGAGUAUUUUUUGGGUGAUGUAA